GGUAGUUCUAGUGUUAAAAGAGGAUUUCAAGGUGCUGCUGUGUUUCUCACGUGUGUACACGCGGAAAUGACAGGAACGCUCGCGGCUGCUGCGUUUCAAUAACAACAAACGAGGAAGGGGAGCAACAAUGGCGGCACCGGCCCAGCUCAGAGCCGUCCAGCACCACCUGCGAACCGCACAGGAGCACGAAAAGCGGGACCCUGUGGUGGCUUACUACUGCCGCCUGUACGCCAUGCAGACAGGGAUGAAGCUGGACAGCAAAACUCCUGAGUGCCGCAAGUUCCUGGUCAAGCUGAUGGAUCAGCUCGAGUCGAUGAAGACGGAGAUGAGCGACAACGAGUCCAUCAGCCAGGAGGUGGUGGGCAACGCGCACAUUGAGAACUACGCGUUGAAGAUGUUCCUGUACGCUGACAACGAGGACCGAGCGGGCCGCUUCCACAAGAACAUGAUCAAAUCCUUCUACACGGCUAGUCUCCUGCUGGACGUCCUCUCGGUCUUCGGAGAGCUGUCGGACGAGAACGUCCAGCACAGGAAGUACGCCCGCUGGAAGGCUACAUACAUCCACAACUGUCUGAAGAGCGGCGAAACGCCUCAGUCCGGGCCCGUCGGCAUGGAGGACCUGGACCAGGAAGCAGAUGGCGCCGAAGGUUUCUCGGGCUUCGGCUCCUUCCGUGGAGCGGGCGGGAAUUCCUUUCGGGACCCCGACGCGGGCCAAGCCCAACCGCCAGCCGCGGGCUUCGCCGAGGACGCUCCGCCAGGGCCCCGCUCCGGCUUCAGCGACGUCCACGUCCCCCCGGGAGCACACGCCCCCGCUAACACGCCGGCAGACUCUGUCAAGCCAGUGCCGAUGCCUAGGAAUGCGCACGCCACGGAAGCCGCCGCCGCUGCUGCCGUCAACCCGGCCCUCGACCCGGCCCUCCUCCGCGACCAGCGGCAAGGUGACGUCCAGCUUUCGGCCGAGGAUUUCACCAGGGCGCAAAAAUACUGCAAGUACGCCGGGAGCGCCCUCCAGUACGAGGACGUCGCCACGGCUGUGCUCAACCUCCAAAAGGCCCUCGCGCUGCUCACUACUGGGAAAGAAUGAAGCCCCCUCCAUCCAAAAACAGAAUGAAGCCUUUGUCUUCACCACCGACGGCAGCCGGCCGAGCGUCUAUCCGCGCCAUCUUAUCAAACGUGCACGCCGGCUGGCCGCCAGGAGUCAAGACGGAGAGCGUAACAAUGGCUGCCUGUGUGCUGCCUUUUUUUUCCUCCCUCUCUUUUCUGGAGUGUUACGAGCUUCCCACCCACAGGGGCCGCCAUUUCUUUUUCUGGUGACGGGCCGAUCUUCUCCGCCGAGCGUACUGUACGUCGUCGUUGCCCGGACGCAACGACGACGUUAGCGAGCGUGCUAAGCACUUUUUACGUCGUGACUCUUUCUUUGUCUAUCUUCUUUUUUGGCGAACGUUUUUCUUCAAUGAACCCAAAUAAAUC